AUGGACAAAGAAUGUUGGAAGAAAAGAAUUUUUCGUGAGCAUGGCUAUGUAUCCAAAAGAACAAUUCAUCAAAACUGGAGAAUCAAAAGAAAGAGAGUUGCGACUGUUGAGGAUGAUAACGAUGAUAUUGAUGCAAGAGAAAAUGAAGAAGACCUCGGUGCAGAGGUUGACGACGAGCCAAUCUACGAUUAUUUCAUUGAACAACAAGACGUUUCAAUUAAGGAGAAAUUUGGUUUGUCAGAAUAUCAUAAUUAUGAAGAUCGGAGACAAUUUUUAGACCGGGAAGAUGCACUGAACAUUGUGUCUUCCGUUUUCGUGUACAACAACAUCUCUGUCCCGCUCGGUCAUGAUAUUUUCAGCGUUUCCAGAUUGCUGAAAGAGUUUCCAUCGAUUACGUUAACUGAUGUGAUGAAAAAAGUGGAUAAAUGGUCGGAGCAUGAGAAUAGAAGUUACACUAAGUGCAGUUCAUGUGGUCAUUUGCUCUCACAACAGAACAAUUGUAGAAACGAAGAGUGUCUCCGUGUUGGAAAGUCACAGACCAAUUUAGCGGGAGGAACAAGAAUUUUGACAUUUUCACUCAAGAACCAAUUGAAAGAGAUCUUGGAGUCUGGUGAUUUUGGAUUUGAGAACCGAGAGUUUCAUUCAUCUUCACUCUGGAAAAAGCUUUCUACAACCCCGAAGUAUUUGUCAAGGCUUCGUCAAGCCCAGGAGAAUUAUCCCAAUGUUACCACCAUGUUUCUAACAAUUAAUAUGGAUGGUUUUCGUAAACGAGGAUUGGCCCGGCCGGAAGUCGUGAUGCUCUCUUCUAUGAUUCACAGUAGGAAAACAAUUGAAAGUGAUGACUUCUGCUCUGCAUUCGAGCGUCUCAGGCUGGAAGUGGAAGAAACACAAAAGUGUCCAUUUGAUGUAUUUAUCAAAGGGAUUCAGUAUAAGAUUCGUUUGGAAAUCUAUCAGACCGUUUUAGACAUGGAUGCAUCGAAAAAGAUUCAUGGAGUUCCGGUCUGGCAAUCGUAUGGUUCCUGCUCGAGAUGUGACGCUGUCGGUACACGGAUUAAAACAAAGAAAGGAUCUAAAGUUGCCUGGUUGUUAGAACAGGACACCAAAGAGUACGAUAAUUCUUAUUUUCCAAAAAAAUUAAAGCAAUCUUGUCUUCCCGCUCCAUGGACAGAAGGAUAUGAUUGCCUACACCUCAUUAACGAAGGCACGUCGAGAGAUGUAAUGAGAAACCUUCUAGCAGGCGGAAGCAAAUAUAAUGUGAAAAUUCAUUGUACAGUCAAUGCGGAAUGGGCGAAAUCACUGAACAGUGCGAAAAAUCCGAAAGGAAUGAGCAGUACCAUGCUCAUGGAUCCAAUUCAACUUUCAACAAGGACUGGAGUCGAAGUGCAGAACCUGUUCAAUGUUUCUGUUCCAGCACUCAUCGUGUUGCACGAUGAAGGAGAGCAGUGGUUAUUUUUUCUUUAUCUUCAAUGGUUGAUAACUCGUUUGAUUGUGGAUCCCCGAUUAUCAGCUUCUCAAUGUCGAAUCAUCAAAGAAGUAGCUCCCGUAGUGAAAAAAAUGAUGUCUUCUCAUUAUCCACAAUUUGGGACUAUGAAACAACAUUUUGUAUUAGACCACAUGGUGAAAAGUUUGGAAAAAGACGGAAGUCCUCUUCUCUCAAGCGCUGCUUCAUUCGAAAGAAUAAAUCAAGUACUUGGACGGGGAUCGUCGGUUUAUACUACAAGAACAGUUGUCAACAUGGCAAACAGAUUCAUAGCUUUACAAAGAGCUGUAUCGCAAUGUUGUUUGGCAAUAAAAAAAAUUGAUUGUCCUAUUCAAUUUCCAAGAUCGAUGAAAGCUGUUGAUGAUGAUGACUCACCACAUUCUGCUAAAAUAGACAAUGAACAGUUUGGACGAGAUGAGCGAGUGUUUUUGGAGGACAAUAAUUUGAUAAAUGAGACAUUUCUGUAG